UGGGGAGCACUCAUUGUUACCCAGAAGGCCCUUGUUACCAGACAUACCUCAUCCAGAAAGCCAUUGUGUGGCAUACCAUUGCUGCCAUUUUUUCACAUAAGAGAACCAGGGCUCAGAGAAGGGCAGCCAGUGCCCCAAGUGGCCCAGAGCACAGAGUUGGAAGAGAGGAAAUACCGGGUGGAGGGACAGACCGUGACCUCCAUGGGAGGUUGGUGCUCUGAGUCGCUGUGGAACUGUGGAAUGGUCUGGAGGGUAGCUGGCCGGGCCAGGAGGAAGCUAAGCCAUGAGGGGGACAAAAACCAUGGAUUUGAGGUCCUCUACCAUUGUGUGAAGCAGGGCCCUGUGGCCACCAAGGAGCUGGCUGACUUCAUUAGGGAAAGGGCCAGCAUUGAAGAGACAUACUCGAAGGCCAUGGCCAAACUGUCCAAGCUGGCCAGCAACGGGACGCCCAUGGGGACCUUCGCCCCGCUCUGGGAGGUCUUCCGUGUGUCCUCGGACAAGCUGGCCCUGUGCCACCUGGAGCUGACUCGGAAGCUGCACGACCUCCUCAAGGAUGUGCUCCGCUAUGGCGAGGAGCAGCUCAAGGCCCACAAGAAGUGCAAGGAGGAGGUUCUGGGCACUGUGGAUGCAGUGCAGGUGUUGGCAGGCGUGGGUCAGCUCCUGCCAAAGUCUCGCGAGAAUUACUUGAGCCGCUGCAUGGACCUGGAGCGGCUGCGCAGGGAGAACACCAGCCAAAAGGAGAUGGACAAGGCGGAAACGAAAAGCAAGAAGGCUGCUGACAGCCUUAGGCGCUCCGUGGAUAAGUACAACUCAGCCCGCGCAGACUUCGAGAUCAAGAUGCUUGACUCUGCGCUGCGCUUUCAGGCCAUGGAGGAGGCACACCUGCAGCACAUGAAGGCCUUGCUGGGCUCCUAUGCACACUCUGUGGAGGACACCCACGUGCAGAUUGGGCAGGUGCACGAGGAAUUUAAGCAGAACGUGGAAAAUGUGACUGUGGACAUGCUGCUCAGGAAGUUUGCAGAGAGCAAGGGCACCGGGCGGGAGAAACCGGGGCCUCUGGACUUCGAAGCAUACAGCUCAGCGGCCCUGCAGGAAGCAAUGAAACGUCUCCGAGGAGCCAAGGCCUUCCGCCUUCCAGGACUGAGCCGGAGGGAGCCCCGUGCAUCUGUUGACUUCCUGGAGUCUGAUUUGGGGGUUCCUCCCGAGGUGGAUGACGAAGGCUUCAGUGUGCGCCCCGAUGUGUCUCAGAACAGUGCGGCCGCGCCCCCGAGGUUCUCCUCUAGUGACUCAGAUUUCGACGAUGAGGAGCCCAGAAAGUUCUACGUGCAUAUCAAGCCCGCCCCCAUGCGUGCUGUGGCCUGCAGCUCCGAGGCUGCAGCCGCCCAGCUCAGGGCCACAGCUGGCAGCCUCAUCCUCCCUCCAGGCCCAGGGGGCACCAUGAAACGUCACUCCUCACGGGAUGCUUCUGGGAAGCCGCAGAGACCUCGGUCGGCCCCACGCACGGGCAGCUCUGUGGAGAAGCCAUCGGCCUCCGAGGAGCCGCUGUCCAAGAGCCUCUUUGGGCCGCCACUGGAGUCUGCCUUCGACCACGAGGACUUCACGGGUAGAGGGGGCUCCAGCAGCCUGGGCUUCACAUCCAGCCCUUCUCCUUUCUCAUCCUCUUCCCCUGAGAACGUGGAGGACUCAGGCCUGGACUCUCCGUCGCACGCUGCCCCUGGCCCGUCCCCUGAGUCCUGGGUCCCCCGGCCGGGCACCCCACAGAGUCCACCCACCUGCAGGGCACAGCAUUCCGAAGCCAGGGGACCAAUGCCCCGUGCACCUUCGCCAGGUCCGUGGGGGCCAGAGGCAGGCGCAGACUCCACGUCAACUGCUGACUCCACCAGGGAAGGCCUGGCUGCGCCACCAAGGAGGCCUCGGUCCAGGAAGGUGUCCUGUCCACUCACCAGGAGCAAUGGCGACCUGGUGGGUGACAUGCUGGUGAGGCAGUGUGAGGAAGCGGCGGCCUCUGCCAGCAGCUCUGGCAGCUCUCAGUCCCAAUUCUCUUGUGCCCUGCAGUGCCGGUCACUCAGCCCCUCCCCGCUGGGAUCUUCCGCCCCUGGCAUCACCCCGGACCGGCCCAGCUUCUCCACCCAGAUGGGACAUGGCAUCUCCCGAGGCCCCAGCCCUGUGGUUCUAGGCUCGCAGGACACCCUGCCAGUGGCCACGGCCUUCACUGAGUAUGUCCAUGCCUAUUUCCGAGGCCACAGCCCCAGUUGCCUGGCUCGAGUCACCGGGGAGUUGACCAUGACCUUUCCUGCGGGAAUCGUUCGUGUGUUCAGUGGGACCCCGCCCCCGCCCGUCCUCAGCUUCCGGCUGGUGCACACGGCCCCUGUGGAACACUUCCAGCCCAACGCUGACCUGAUCUUCAGUGACCCCUCCCAGAGUGACCCAGAGACCAAAGACUUCUGGCUGAACAUGGCGGCGCUGACGGAGGCCCUGCAGCACCAGGCGGAGCAGAACCCCACCGCCUCCUACUACAACCUAAUGCUGCUGCGGUACCAGUUCUCCCGCCCUGGACCCGAGUCAGUGCCCCUGCAAAUGAGCGCCCACUGGCAGUGCGGGCCCACGCUCACAAGGGUCUCGGUGGAGUACAGCUACCGUGCAGGCGCCACCGCCGUGUCCACACCGCUCACUAACGUCCAGAUCCUGCUGCCCGUGGGGGAGCCAGUGACCAGUGUGCGCCUGCAGCCUGCUGCUACUUGGAACACAGAGGAAAAGAGGUUCACAUGGAAGCUUCCAGAUGUGUGUGAGGCAGGGGGCUCGGGCCACCUGUCUGCCAGCUGGCAGCCUCAGUCGGGACCCAGUACCCCAAGCCCGGUGGCCGCGCAGUUCACCAGCGAGGGCGCCACGCUGUCUGGCCUGGACCUGGAGCUGCUGGGUGGCGGCUACCGUAUGUCCCUGGUGAAGCGGAGAUUUGCCACAGCAGGGAUGUACCUCGCCAGCUGCUGAGGUGCUCACCCUCUUGCCGAGGCUCCCCUGGGCAGGACUCUGGACAGGUGUCUCCAUCCUAGCCUGGCUGAGCCAACUGCUCCGUCCUCAAGCAGGCCCUGGCCUUUUAGUAUUCUUUAAAUAAAGUUUUCUAGCAAAAUAAA